AUUCAUUUCUCAUACAACCAAAUUAAUGCCAAAUUUUCAUUUCAUUCAUUAUUGUAUCAACAUAUCCCUCACAUAAAAACUUAAAACCAUAUGCAAUGCAAACGACAUCCCAUUCCUUACCAAUCCUAGAAUCAUACCCUCCAUGUUUUCGUCCAAACACGCAACAAUCCUUACAGAAUGUCUACAAUGACGAUCACACGAAAAACAAAAUUGAAAACGAACAAGACCAACUUCCGGUUAUAGAUCUUGAACAAAUCAAUUAUGACAAACUCGAAGAAGCAUGUAAAGAGUGGGGGAUAUUCCGGUUAGUUAACCAUGGGAUACCGUUGACUUUGUUGACACGACUACAUGAACACAUUGUUAGGAUGUUUGGACUUGGGUUUGAAUCCAAAAAAGACUUGUUUGGAUCAAUUCCAACUUCUAUCAUGUCAUAUUUUUAUGGUACUCCUGCCCUUACUCCAUCUGGGGAUGCCUUAUAUAAAAAGGAUCAGGGAACAUUGAUUUAUAAUUGGGUUGAAGGUUUGAAUGUACCCUUAAGCAUGGACCAACCUUCACAUGUUGACUUUCAUGAACAGCCAUUAUUGAUCCAUGAUAUGAGGUUAUUGAUAGAAGAAUAUGGUGUCCAUCAAGCAAGGAUAGCAAAAUCAAUAUUUAGUGCAAUGUCACAAAACUUGAAUUUGUGUGACGAACAUAAAGGUUACAUGUCACCUUCAACCGGGCAGUUAAGGGUGUAUCGAUAUCCAAGGUGUCUUAUCGACAACCCAACUAAAGUAUGGGGGAUGGAAGUGCAUACUGAUAGUUCUGUGGUGACAAUAUUGAAUCAAUAUGAAGUUGAAGGGCUUCAAAUUCUUUCUAAAGAUAAUGCUUGGAUUGAUGCUAAACCUAUCCCCAACACUCUCAUAGUUCAUCUUGGUGAUAUGAUGCAGGCAAUAAGCGAUGACAGAUACAAGAGUGUGAAGCAUAGAGUGAAAGUGAAUAGUGAAAAUGAGCGGAUUUCGAUGGGUUACUUUGUGUUUCCGGAUCAUAAUUGUGUGAUUGGGAGCUCCGUCUACAAACCAUUUACCUAUUCGGACUUUAGGGCCCAAGUCCAACAAGAUAUCAAGACAUUGGGCUUCAAGGUUGGACUUUCAAGAUUUAAAGUCCACACAGAUUCAUGAAAAAGGAAAAAAUUUCUUAUAAUUGUAGUAUUAUUUUCAAAUUUUGUUCCCUUUUUAGGAAUUGUAUUGUUUCUUGUAUUUUGGGAACACUAGUCAGUAACAGAGCCAACAAAAUUAUUUUGAAGAGGUAAAUUUAAAACA